UAUCUAAUGCGAAAGCAAAUAGUCUGACUGAAAAAUCAGCUAACAGAAGGGGAUUAGAGAGUAGAUCUGAGAGUAGCUUGAUUUCUAGCAGUGCUGUCUCUUCAGACAGUGAUGAGAUACAGGCAGAGAAGCCAGGAGCUCUCCAGAUGGCUAGGGAAAGUGUUUGUCUUGGGUUACUGCAGGGCAGUCUGGACUCUUAAAGCAGGCAGCCUUGGGAAGGCAUCAUUAGGGAGCAAGUUACAUGUCCACCCAGUAAAAGAGAGAGAGAGAGAAAGAAAGAGUAGGCAGACUGCCCAAGAGGGACUGUGCUUGCCUAUUGUUAACAUAUACUUGACCCCCACUAACCUCCUCACGACACAGAUGUCUCCUACCUCUAUCACCUCCCACUGCUUUAAGCCCUCCCCCCCUGCACCUGGGUAGUGGAGCCGGGCCGGCUGCUUGCAGUAUGCUGUUUGACUUGAGAGGUGGCUGGUAGCAGAGGGAGACACAGGCGCAGCGGCGUCUUUCUGCGGGCGGAUCUGCACAGACACUGCAUGGAGCUUCUUUUCCAAGGCAGAGACAAGGCAGCCCUGCAAAUCUAUGCAUCGCCUUCUUAGAAAGAGACACAGCAACACCACCCCUGACACUAUACGUUCUCUGGACUCCAGACCACAUUUGUCUGCAGCAGCAGCAGCAGCAGCAAAGGACCUGGGCAUUCAGUAUCCCUACUUGGAGACUUUGCUUUAUUUUUGGUUCUUCUCCUUUCCCUUGGAACAAGUCGUCUCUCUCGCAUUGAUCCUCCUUUCCCAGCAGCUGGAGUUCCUCCUCGCCUCGUGUUGACUUGGAUCAUCUGGACUGGGAAGGGAAGCUGCCUUGCACUGCCUCUCCCCUCUCCCACUCCCUUUCCCCUCCAGCAGCCUGGGCUGUCGGGUCUCCCCCGAGGAGGACGGGAACUUUUAUUUGCAGCUCACAGCCUGUGGCGAAUGGUGGGAAUCUCCGGUCCUUUUCAGUAAAAGAUUGAUCUCUGGGCUGGUGAACGUAAUAUCUGUCCCAGUCAGACAAGGAGAGAGGAAAUUAGCAGAGCGAUUGGUGGAGAAUGAUAUCUGUCAAAAGAAACACUUGGAGAGCACUGAGUUUAGUGAUAGGUGACUGCCGGAAAAAAGGGAACUUUGAAUUUUGUCAAGAUCGCACUGAGAAGCAUUCCACAAUGCCAGACUCACCUGUGGAUGUGAAGACACAAUCCAGGCUGACGCCUCCAACAAUGCCACCUCCUCCCACUACACAAGGAGCUCCAAGAACCAGUUCAUUCACUCCCACAACGUUAACCAAUGGCACUAGCCAUUCUCCAACAGCGUUAAAUGGAGCUCCUUCUCCACCCAAUGGCUUCAGCAAUGGGCCAUCUUCUUCCUCUUCCUCUUCUCUGGCUAAUCAGCAGUUACCACCAGCUUGUGGGGCUAGACAGCUCAGCAAACUGAAGAGAUUUCUUACAACCUUACAGCAGUUUGGCAAUGACAUUUCACCAGAGAUUGGGGAGAGAGUGCGUACCCUUGUGUUAGGACUUGUGAAUUCUACUUUGACAAUUGAAGAAUUUCAUUCCAAACUGCAAGAAGCUACUAACUUCCCACUGCGACCUUUUGUCAUCCCAUUUUUGAAGGCCAAUCUGCCCCUGCUACAGCGGGAGCUCCUGCACUGUGCAAGGCUGGCCAAGCAGAACCCCGCCCAGUACCUCGCUCAGCAUGAACAGCUGCUUCUGGAUGCCAGCACCACCUCACCUGUUGACUCCUCAGAGCUGCUUCUCGAUGUGAACGAAAACGGGAAGAGGCGAACUCCAGACAGAACCAAAGAAAAUGGCUUUGACAGAGAGCCUUUGCACUCAGAGCAUCCAAGCAAGCGGCCCUGCACUAUUAGCCCAGGCCAGCGGUACAGUCCAAAUAAUGGCUUAUCUUACCAGCCCAAUGGUCUGCCUCACCCUACCCCACCUCCACCUCAGCAUUAUCGUUUGGAUGAUAUGGCCAUUGCCCACCACUACAGGGACUCAUACAGACACCCCAACCACAGGGACCUCAGGGACAGAAACAGACCUAUGGGGUUGCAUGGCACACGUCAAGAGGAAAUGAUUGAUCACAGGCUAACAGACAGAGAAUGGGCAGAAGAGUGGAAACAUCUUGACCAUCUGUUAAACUGUAUAAUGGACAUGGUGGAAAAGACAAGGCGAUCUCUCACUGUACUACGGCGAUGUCAAGAAGCGGACCGUGAGGAGCUUAAUUACUGGAUACGACGGUACAGUGAUGCAGAGGAUUUAAAAAAAGGUGGUAGCAGCAGCAGUAGCCAUUCCAGACAGCAGAGUCCAGUGAAUUCAGAUCCAGUUACAUUAGAAUCACAUCGGGAAUUCCUUCACAGGCCUGCUUCUGGAUAUGUGCCAGAGGAGAUCUGGAAGAAAGCUGAGGAAGCUGUCAAUGAAGUAAAACGUCAGGCGAUGGCCGAGUUGCAAAAGGCAGUGUCAGAAGCGGAACGGAAAGCC